AAUAAUAGUAUUGGAAAAAUUUGACGCAUCUGUGAAAAAUAUAUUGUCAGCUGUUCCACAUGUCGGGUGCACACACUGGCAGCCGUUGUUCUUAAUAAAAAGAAAAAAUAAUCCAAUAAUUUUUAAUUACCAAAUAUUUGAACUGUGAAAUGCACAAGUGAAGCCAAGGCGGCUUCUAUUAACAAGUCACUUGAUCGGAACCAAUAAUAAAUUAUGCCUUAGACGAGAAACAUUUGUAGAUAUUUUUAUUGCUGAUACUGAUUAAACUGAUACUUUUAUACUUUGUACAUUCGCCACUUAAACUGCCUGAGAAAGAAGCCGUUAUGCUCUUUGCGCGUAGGCGGCAUUUCUUCAAGAGAGUUGGCCUGCCCUGCCUGGUGAUAGCUUUGCUGCUGUUCCUCCUCUUCUUUGUGCUGCUGCCGUUUGCCUUUCGUACAUCUGUGACGCUGCAACGCGGCAUUCUGUUCCUCACGUUCAUCACCUAUCCGAAAGGACUCGACCUUACCAAACCGGAGAGCAUUGGACUUUAUGCCACACGCAACUUUUACAUCACUGUCAAGAAUCAUGAUGAGGACGAGGACGGCGUACGCAUUGGCGUCUGGCAUGUGCUGCCCAAGAAUGCAGCUCGUCGUUUUAGAAGAGAGCUCAAUGUGGCAGCAGAUGUGGAGUCGGCAAUUGUCAAUAACGAACUAUCCGGGCCUAUUCACGGGAACGACAACAACCGGGAGCUGGAACGGUUGGCGCCGGCGCUGCGAGCUGAAUUCCCUGUAAUAGUGCCAGAGAAUGAGCAGCUCUUUUACGAGCGGUUACUCCGAAUGCCAGGCGGCACCGUAGUUCUCUAUCUGCAUGGCAAUACAGCCACUAGAGGCAGUGGUCAUCGCUCCGAGGUAUACAAGCUCUUGCGGCAUCUGAACUAUCAUGUUUUCUCGUUCGAUUAUCGUGGCUAUGCCGACUCGGAUCCUGUGCCGCCGUCAGAGGAUGGGGUGGUGCGUGAUGCCAUGAUGGUCUUCGAGUACAUUGCCAAUUUGACGACGAACCCCAUUUACAUCUGGGGCCAUUCCUUAGGCACGGGUGUGGCCACGCACAUGUGUGCCAAACUGGCCAGCAUGAAGGAGCGUGGACCUCAUGGCGUUAUCCUUGAGAGUCCGUUCACCAACAUUCGUGACGAGAUUCGUCUGCAUCCGUUCUCCCGACCGUUCCGACACUUGCCCUGGUUUGACUAUAUGGUCUCGCAGCCUAUGUAUGACAACCGACUAAGGUUCGAGUCGGACAAACAUAUUAGUAAAUUUCCUCAGCCAGUUAUGAUUAUGCAUGCCGAGGAUGAUGUGGUUGUACCUUUCCACUUAGGCUACCAGCUCUAUCGAACCGGACUGGAUACGCGUAGUCGCUCCUGGGGACCAGUGGAAUUCCAUCGUUUUGAUCGAAGUCAUGGAUACGGCCAUAAGUAUUUGUGUCGGGCUCCAGAGAUGUCAGGACUUGUGGAAAGCUUUAUAGAGGGCUAUCGUAAUACGAUCUAUUAGACGAAUCGGAUCAAGUCUUAAUUUAUUUAUUAACAAAUAACAGAGUAUUUUAAUUUAGUUUUAUACCGCCGCAAUGUUACAAAAUUAAUCGCACGGUGCAUACAAAUUAAAAUAGUCAUAUAUAGGAUACACAAACAAUGAACUUUUAUUUA